CAGCUUGGCUGGCUACUAAGGCCCGCCCAAUAAGAUGAGUACUGAGGCAAGGCCAGCCCAUACGGUUUAAAGGAUGUUCCAAGACAUUUGUGAAAACACUUCCAUAAACAGCUCUCCGCUACACGAAAACAUCGGAAGUUCCAUGAACUUUGUUUUAGUUUAUCAAGUAACAUAUUGUACUCCAUUAAUUUGAAAUUGAGCAAAAACCCACAAACUCCAGGUUGGAAAAGGCAAACCUAAGAACAUUUAGUGGGAUUGCCAAGGUAGCGGGCUUAGCACUAUGCACAGGAGGAGCAGUAACCAUGGCCCUCUAUAGCGGACCAACUUUCAAGCUGCUUCUACACCACCACCUCAUCCCCCACCACGACAAAAACCUCGAACACGACCCCUCUUCUGGCAAACAUUGGAUCAAGGGUGUCCUUCUCAUGCUCCUCUCCAACAGUUGUUGGAGCUUUUGGAUUGUCGCCCAGGUAAACACAAACAUACAAAGCAUCUUUAACAUGUUCAAUCUUCCUUCCUAGAAUGCAAUAAUGAAUAAUCACACUUUGUUUCUGGUUAACAGGGCCACAUUGUUAGCAUCUAUCCCUCCAAACUUAUGAACACAGCACUCCAGUGCAUUUUCAGCACCCUUCAAUCGUUUAUUGUGGCAAUUGCUUUGGUGAGAGACCCCAUGGAGUGGAAGCUUGGGUGGAACAUCAAACUACUAACCAUUCUCUACUGUGUCAGUACCAAUGCAUUUGUUAUACAACUUCUACACCUCUCGUUCUUGUUACCCAUUGAGAUUUGAAUUGAAGAGUAUUGCGUUGUGACAGGGAGUUGUAGUGACGGGUUUCACAUUCUACUUGCAAGCUUGGGUGGUUGUGAAGAAAGGGCCGCUCUUCCUCGCCAUGACCACACCUUUGAAUCUGCUCAUCACCAUUGUUGCCUCUGCAGUAUUCUUGGGGGAGAUCCUCACUCUUGGAAGCAUCAUAGGAGCAAUCUUGCUUAUAGGAGGGCUCUACAGUGUGUUAUGGGGCAAGAGAGAAGAACAAAAAGAAGACAAGACCACAAAGGUUGCUAUUGAAAACAAUACAAGAGACAUUGAACGCAACCCAGAAAGCAAUGAAUCCGGCCGUGGAAAAGACAAUGCAAGAGUCAUUGAACAAAACUAAAGACAGUUGCUUUUGGAAUUUCCAAAAAUGUAGUUUUUAAGCAGUGUUUAUCCCUAGUUUUAAAAACUCUUGCUCAGAUAAAUAAAGAUCCCACUUCAUAUAUUUAUUCAAUGUGUGAGAUAUUUGCCACAACGCGGAUAGUCUUCCUCGUUGAGAAUUCAUAAGGAAGACUAGAAAGACAAGGAGGCAAAAUGAUUGAUGUAGCUUAUGUUAAUAAUGUUAAGUGCCGCCGUGAAUACAUCUGAGCGGCACUUGACCGUCCAUAAGCACGAUGCAGUAAAAUCACUGAUAUAAACAUUCCGAUGGUUAGAGCCUCGGAGUUAGAGAUUCUCAGCACGACCGUUCAGUCCCGAAAGAUGGUGUUUUAAUCUGAGUUUCUUCACCGGCUAAAACACAUCGACAAAAUCAAAUUUCUUGACUAAAGAGAGAAUGUGCUUCUCAUGGCCGUGUCGAUGAAGCAACUGAAAUGCACUCAACGAAGAUGAGAUAUGACAAACUGGGAUCCUAAUCGACCGUUGAUCUGCGACGAUAUGUCAUCACCGAGAUAUACAAGCACCGAAAUUGCUUGCCCCGGCGUGAAUCGUCAACAAUUAAUAAGCAACAAUGAUAAUCACACUUUGAUGCAUAUACAGAAACAAAAAGGAAGAAAAACGUCGGGGAGCGAGAGAGUGAAAUCGCCGGAGGACCCGAGGGCCACUUUACUAGAAUCGCCACCUUCGCCGGAAACGCAGAACAACGUUGAUGUUAACACAGCUGCAGGAUGAUGAGGAAUGAAGCUACGACGAGCUAUUUAUAUGGGAGGAAGAUUGAGGGGGUUUCUAGGUUAGGGUUGAGUUGUUCUUGAGCGUACUUAGUUUACUCAUAAUCUACUCUACAAGAGAGUCUCGUUCUUGAGUGUACUUGUGUUCUUAGACACGUUGAGAGAAAGUAUUUCUCUCGUUGAUUCAAAGGAAGGUCUGUUUCCUUUGAAGGAUUCGUUGAGGUUCGUGUGACUCGAACUCUCAAGUUGUAACGGUUUGUUAAGCACCCGCAAGCUUAACGAGAUAGUAGU